AUGAGCCUGGAGCAGUACAUGCACUCCUUUGACGUCUAUCUAUCUGUCAGCAUUAUCAGCUCUCCUUCUCUGCCAGUAAAAGCGGAGACUGUGACUACCCUGGAACAGAACAUCCGUCCACUUUACCUAGAGAUCGAAGCCAUUAUGCGCCGCCACAAUCUGAAUGUUACCUCAACCACCCAAUGUGGGAACAUGAGCAAAGCAAAAUAUCCUGGCGGUGAUACCAGGCCUCGAUCGUUUUGGGUCAUCUCCCACUCGGCCCCUGAACCAGAUGGUUUCGAUUGA